AAAAAAGAAACAAAUUGAAAUGAAUUUAUUUUUAAGUUUCGUGAAAUGUUAAACGAAUUUCUUUUAUUCGUCAAAAUUUGCUGUAACAAGAAAGAAAAACUCGCAAAAAAUUUAAAAAUAUUUGGGAAUUCUUUGCAUAAUGGAUACAGAUAGAAAGCCUUGUAAUCGGCCAACGUGCGUCAAUCGGACGAAAUGUGCCCAAAUGAACAAAGAUGCUAAGCGAUCUGCCGUAGCUUUAUGUAGACCAGGAGCUGAAUCGGCUAAAGCUACUUCGCCAAACGUUGGAAAUUCUACGCAGAUAUUAUUUGUUGAUUCGAACUUCACGGAAACUCCUAGUGAGUAUGACAUCUUCUAUGAUUGCUAUAGCGAUGUUGAAAUAAGUCAGCCAAAUGCUGUGGUGUCUUCAAUGUGUGGUCUAAGUGUUCCACCGCCUCCUGUAAAAGAUUCUAGAAUGUUUCGCGAUGCACUCAAACAAGUUAUUCUUACUGCUCAGACGCUCUUAGUCGAAUUCGACAGUGGUAGUCGCAAGGAGCGUAGGAGGUGUGGUUCGCGUUGUCGAUGUGAUGUGCGCAAUAUUAAACCUCAAACACAGACAGUACAAUUGGAGGUAACGGCCAAAGUAGCUUCAAAUAAAUCAACCACACCGCAAAAUAUUCGCAUCGAUCCAAUUACAUUUACAAUACCACUGAAACUACACGUACAGGGACAACACCAACACAACAUACCAUACUCGGUGUCACAGCAAUCAAACGAAUUGAGGAAGCCGCCAGCUAUGUUAGACCGAGAUCCAAUACAGAAUAUGUUUUCCUCGAUGGAACCAAUACGCACGGCAAUAAUUACAGCCCCACGACAGGACAUGAGCUGUAUGCCUAUGGAAGGAACUGGACAAGCUUUUGAUUUUCAAUCGGCUUUAUUACAACAAAUGGUUGCUAUACCACCGGGUUUUUUGCAGUUACCUCUAUCUGGUGCUGAAGGCUUUUCAGCGCCCCCUCCGCCCAAAGGAGUCUCGUCGAGAGUACAAAUCCAAGUUCCUCCGCCACCACCACUAAUGACAUUAGGCAGGCCAGAUGAAAGAGCGGCGGUGAAAGCGAAAGGAUCUUGUGGAGGAACUUGCUCAGUGAGACGUCAGCAAGUUCCUUCGACUGAAGCCUUUUUAUCGCCGUCUUUAGCACCUGUUACUAAAGGGCCAUUUUUGGCUACAAUAACAACGUCGUCGAUUCCAUCUGUAGGAGCAGGUAAAUCACCUCAAGUAUCGGAAGCACGAAGUCAAGGCGUAUGUGUAAUGUGUGGACGCGGAGGUGAGCAGUUAGAUAAACAAAUGGAAUCAUCUAAAAGAGCUCCAUGUGGAAUGUGCUCGAUAAGAAAUUUUGUCCUGCCGCAGCCGCGUGAGUUUCCCACUCCUAUGCAGAAAACGGAUACAUAUGGUGAAUAUUCUCGAAGUGAUAAAACCGCGGAAUCGUUGGUAGUACUAGUUCCUCCAGCUAUCCCAAAAUCCGCAGCUGUUACCGGUGCUACAUGUCCUUUUGGUGGUCUUCAAAAACAAAUGGAAGCACAGCGUUCAUACGGUGCUGCGGGCCCAAUAGGACCAUCGAUUCAGACACCUCAGCACAAAGAUGAUCAAAUAGAUGUUGACAAACAACAAUAUGAGGUGAAACAUACUUUAAAAGGACCAUGUGGAAUGUGUUCGACGGCGGUUCCCGCACCACCACCAUUUGAAGAGCCCUUGCAGAAAACAAAAGGACCCUGUGGAGUGUGUUCAAAGCCAAAGGCACCAACACAAAUGCCACAAACAGAAAAAGUUGGGGUUUCUUCCAAUCGUGAACCAGUUAUUGAGAAAGCGGAAAAGGCCCCUUGUGGGAUUUGCUCGAUAAAGUCUACAGCUCAAAUGGGUUUUGAGAAAGCACCUUGUGGGAUAAGUUCUAAAACAGCAAUUGAGCCCAUCAAAAUGGAAAAACCUCCAUGCGGAAUUUGUUCGAAGAAGCCAGCAGCUCCAAUGGAGGCUGUGAAUGUGCCAAGUGGAAUUUGUUCAAAAUCAGUAGACGAGCCAGUAAAAAUGGAAAAAUCUAUAUGUACAAUUUGUUCGAAGAUGCCAGUAGCUCCAAUGGAGGCUGUGGAUGUGCCGAGUGGAAUUUGUUCAAAAUCAGUAGACGAACCGUUGAAAAUGGAAAAAAUUCCAUGUGGGAUUUGCUCGAAAAAGUCAGAGGUUCAAAUGGAUAUGGAGCAUGAGCCCGUUAAAAGAGAUAAGGCACCUUGUGGAAUUUGCGCGAAUAGGUCAGAGGCUAUAAUGGAGAUUGUGAAACCGUCUUGUGGGAUUUGUUCAAAAUCAGUGGAUGGACCGGUGAAAAUUUCAAAAGCUCCUUGUGGUAUUUGCUCAAAAAAAUCAGCAGCUACAAUGGAGAUUGUGAAAGGGCCUUGCGGAGUUUGUUCAAAAUCAGUAGAGCAACCCUUGACAUCACAGAAAGCUCCUUGUGGUAUUUGUUCUAAAAGAUCAGCGGGACCAAUGGGCCUUACAAAAGGGCCUUGUGGGAUUUGUUCAAAAUCUGUAGAAGAACCUGUAAAACCUUGUGGUAUUUGUUCAAAGGGUAUAACUACCCAGUUGGAGGUUGAAACAGGACCAUGUGGAAAAUGUUCUCGUGGAGGUACUCCAUUUGUGACUGCAGAAAAAGGUCCUUGUGGAGUUUGUUCAAGGGGAAUCGAGGCAGCGUCCACAGAUGAAAUGUAUGAAAUAAAAGGACCAUGCGGAGUAUGUUCGAUAGUGCAAAGCGGCACCUUUAAGGUGGAAACAGAAGAAAUUGGAGGUCCCUGCAAUAUUUGUAAAAAGGGACUACCGAAAUCACCCGAUUCCCGAGAUAUUUGCGGAAUUUGUAAAAAGGUACGGGCUCCCGAGAACCAAGGAAUACCAUCGGACAUAGUUCCUUGUGGAAAGUGCACUUUAGUCGGAGCUCCGUGUAAAAUAUGUGCUCAAGCACCAACAACAAGUUCAGCUGGAGGAUCUUAUGGAGCGUGUAAAUUUCCACCUUCUUCACCUUCAAAUAGAAAUAAAACAUGUGGAUCUUGCUUAGUAGCACCGUCAAAACCCUCGAGCAUUCGAUCGUGCGGUACAUGUUUGUUUACCCCUCCAGUAAUGGGAGACCGAACUUGCGGUACAUGUAUGUUGCUUAAGCCUGCACUGGAGAUUAGCACGGAAUUAAUAUCACCAAUAAAAGCAGAGCCGGAACAUCGGUUAUACAAGGCAUUACCGCAACACAAAGAUAUUCAUAUUUGUUCGCCGUGUCGUUACGAUCCGAGUCCAUUAAUUGACGAAGAGGGUAAUGUAUUUUGUCCACAAAAUUGUGGUUGCUGCUUAUGCCCUUGGCGAAAACGUGCCACAGACAGCCAAAUUGAUCAAAUAAAACAUGAAAAAAUCAAAGUUUGUAAGUGUCGUAUGAAGGGAUCAAUAUUUGCCGAUUACACAUCACGUGCUAAAUGUAGCAACACAUCGUACUUUGAUUGUUGCCCAUGCCGCGAAAGAGCAGAGGCUAAGUAUUUGGAAAUGACCGGUGAAGAGAUGUGGAGUCCCGAUGACAAAUUAAAGGAACGAGUCCGCGGUGAUCCCGUCAAUUUGGAGGAUGUUGUAGAAUAUAAACGCCCGAGUGCACCAUAGUUUUAUGUUCUCUCAGGAGUUUCCUUAGGCACAUUCAAAUCUACACUAAAAUAAUAAUAAUACAAAUAUUUACUCAUAAAUAUGUAACUAAAUGAAUUUGAAUCAUAAUCAAUGCGUUGUAAAGACAAUAUCAAAUAAAUUGAUACGUUUUGGAUCUUUAAAUUGGAA